AUGAUGGAGCACGAUCCCAAGACCCCUGGGUACUCGACCGGCGACAGAACCUCCUUCGCCUACACAUCAGCUCGGGAACGGUGGCCUGUCAUCAUAACACAGGCCAUUGAUGAUGUCUACCGAUCCGUAGCCCAGUGCGACGACCCGGACAAGUCGGGCGAGGGCAAGACUAUCGUCAACGAUCUCGCCCAGCUAAAGUACCAGGUCCAGCACGACCGCCAACUGACACCUAUCCCGGACGAUGGCCGCCCUGAUGUCGCCCUCUACAACAAGGAGCUGGAGCAGCUCGGCAACCCGACAUGGCUCAACAUGAACUGGCUCUACUGCGAAUGCUACCUAUAUCGCCGCAUCCACACGAGCUUCUCCCUCUCACAGCAUUGGAAGGGCUAUGAUGUUUUUGCCCGCCAAAAGAUCAAGACUUUCCGCUCCUCCCGCCCGGCAGUCCUUGAGCUCGCUGCUCGGUAUCAAGACCUGGUUAAACAGCUGGACGAGCAAAAGGCCAAGGGCACGGUCGAACCUGCGGCCGAGGAGCUGCUGUUCCGUGAGAUGUGCGAGAUCUGCCUGUGGGGCAAUGCAACGGACCUGUCCCUCCUUACGACCCUCUCGUACGACGACAUUCAGAAACUGCAGGGUUCAGAGGCCCGUCGUGCCGCCGAGGCCAACAUUCUCGUAAACGAUCUCGGACAGGCUCUGGAGGCUCUGCGCAAGGCCAAGGCCAGCAAGCCCGACCAGGAACGCCGUGUCGACAUCGUGCUGGACAAUGCCGGGUUCGAGCUGUAUGUCGACCUCGUCCUGGCCGGGUACAUGUUGUCGUCAAACCUAGCCACCUGUGUCGUUCUCCACCCCAAGGAACUGCCCUGGUUCGUGUCCGAUGUGGUGCCUGCCGACUUUGGCGCCCUUCUGAAUGCACUCGCUGACCCGCGCGGCUUCUAUGAGACGCAGUCGGAGGAGGAAUCGUUGCAGGGCAAGGUUCCCGCGGCGCUUUCAGAGACGGAGAUUGAGCAUCUAAAGUUCUUGUUCCAGAACUGGACAGACCUCUAUGCCGAGGGCAAGAUCAUCCUCCGCCCCAACGCCUUUUGGACACACCCCGGCAGCUACUGGAGGCUUCGUGCAGUUGCGCCAGAGCUGUACCAGGAGCUCAAGACCAGCGAGCUGGUUAUCUUCAAGGGUGAUCUCAACUACAGGAAGCUCACCGGUGAUGCCGCAUGGGACCCCACGACCUCAUUCACCGAAGCCAUUGGGCCUCUCGGACCUGGCUCUGGCGUCAACGUCCUUGCCCUGCGCACUUGCAAGGCUGACGUCGUGGUUGGACUAAAGCCGGGUGAGGAUGAGAAGCUCCGCGAGCAGGAUGGCUCAAACGACACUGCUGCCAGGAAAUGGGCCUGGAGUGGCAAGUACGCCGUCGUUUCCUUCUCACAUGGAGGUUGA